UCCGCAGGGGGCGGCGCGUUUACCGCCGGCUCCGGUCGCGGGGCCGGAGCCGCCCGAGCCCGUGGGCUCUGCAGACCCGUAACGCGAGAGCCCCGUUCCCAGCGCUUUCCUGGCAAGGAGAACCGGCCCAGCCGCGCUGCCUGACCGCCGCGCCUCGGCCGGGAGCUACGGCGGUGUCCAGGCCCGCCCGGAAGGGGCGGAGGCCCCGCGGUGGUGAUGGCGGACGAGGCGCUGUUCCUGCUGCUGCACAGCGAGAUGGUGGCGGGGCUGUACCGCGCCGCCGAGCAGGGCGAAGGGGAGAAUGGGCGCUGCACCACCAAGCUGGAGAGCAUGGGCUUCCGCGUCGGGCAGGGGCUCAUCGAGAGGUUUACAAAAGAUACUGCCAGGUUCAAGGAUGAAUUAGAUAUUAUGAAGUUCAUUUGCAAAGAUUUUUGGACAACUGUAUUCAAAAAACAAAUAGAUAACCUAAGGACUAAUCAUCAGGGUAUUUAUGUCCUUCAAGACAAUAAAUUUCGUCUCUUGACACAAAUGUCUGCAGGAAAGCAGUAUUUAGAACAUGCACCAAAGUAUUUAGCUUUUACCUGUGGACUAAUCCGAGGAGGCCUAUCGAAUUUGGGAAUAAAGAGUAUUGUAACAGCUGAAGUUUCAUCAAUGCCUGCAUGUAAAUUUCAGGUGAUGAUACAGAAGAUGUAGAGCACAUUCAAAUCUGGGUAUCUACCUUAAAAAAUCCUUUGUGUAUGGAUUCAGUAUCUUGGCUCAGUCUUGUAUAUAACUUGUAAAUUAUAGCAGUGUGCAGCACAAUUCCAAAAUAUGUAAUAAAUGUCAAUCGAAAUAACACUA